GGUCAGAAAUGAAAAAGAUGAGGCCAACAUUAUAAUAUUGCAACGGCAUCGAACUUUGAAUCAUGGAUUAGCAAUAUUUAACCCAAGCCACCCUAAUCUCAAGUUGCUAACUAGUAAAAAAAACACAUAAGAGUCUUCAUCUUCACCUCUCAAAAGAAAUCUAUCCCCACCCAUUGAGCUACAACUCUUCCAUCUCCUUCUCCCAAUCCUCUCCAUACCAUUCCUCUCAAUCAACUCUGUAAAAGAACAUGGGUGUCACAAGACUCAGUCAAAAGUACGCGACUCAUGUCACUCCAGGCAGGAUGUUCAAGGCCUUGAUCCUAGACUCCCACAACCUCUGCCCCAAGCUCAUGUUUUCAUCCAUUAAGAGCAUUGAAUUUCUUGAAGGGGAAGGAGAAGUUGGGAGCAUCAAACAGAUCAACUUCACUGAAGCUAGUCCUUUAACAUACAUGAAGCAUCGGAUCGAUGCACUAGACAAAGAGAAACUCACAUGCACAUACACUAUGUUUGAGACUGAUGCCCUGAUAAUGGACAAGAUUGAAUAUAUUACUUAUGAUGUGAAGUUCGAGCCAUAUGGUUUUGGGGGGUGUGUUUGUAAUCUGACAAGCGUCUACAAAACAAAAGGGGAUGUAGAGAUCAGAGAAGAGGACAUAGAGCAUGGCAAGGACAGAGCAAUUGGGAUGUAUGAAGUGUUGGAAGCCUAUCUCAUGGCACACCCUCGCGCCUAUACUUGAAAAAAACCUCUCUGAUUAUUUUGAGAAUUGUAUGUUUUUUUUCCUAAUAUGUUUAGCUACCUUUUUUUUUUUUCUUUUUUUCUUUUUUCUUUUUUUUUCUUUUUUUGGUUCUUGUCUUGAAAAAUGCAAAAUACAAUCAGUAUGUGAAUUUUG